AAUGACUGCCAUAAAAGUAUUCAUUUCUCACAGUAAUGAACUUGAGGAUCAACAAUUGGUUUUUGAUGAAAUCCUUCCAAAAUUGAAAGUUUUUAAAGACUUAAGCAUCCUUACUCAGGAUGAAUUACAACCAGGACAUAUUUUUCUGUCUAGUUUAACAGAAUUGGUAGAUAAAGUUGAUAAGACACUUCUCUUCAUCACCAAGAAUGCCAUGCAAAGUAGCUGGUGUAACCUAGAAUUACUGAUAGGUCUAGAGAGAUCCCAAAGGAAACAGCAGCUUUCAGUUGUUCUUUUACUGCAUGGUAUUGAAGAGAGGGACAUUCCACAAAUUGCAGUAUUACAAGAAGCUAGAAAAAUUUUUUUUACAAAAGAAAAUGAUUCCUGGGUUACAGAGACAAUUGAAAGGAUAAGAGAAAAAGAGACUAUAAAACAUGUGAUGCCUGCCGGAAAUGUAGCUCAUGGUCUGGUAUGGUCACAUUAUGCAGGGUUACUUCAAUACAUCCUACCAGAUUUGGAAAAUAAACUGCAGGAAUCUGAAUGGUAUAGAAAUCAAUCAACCACCCUUCAGAACCAUGUGUCAACAAAGUUUUAUGAAAUGGUACCAACAACAUGUACUUGCCAUUUUGAUCUAUCAAAAGUAGAUGAAAAUAUCAAACUGGUCACAGUUUUGGAACUUUCCAGUAUAAUUAGAGGAGGAAACAUUAGAAAAUUUGCAGUAAAUCUUUACAGUGUUACUGAUGGUGAUCAGACUUAUUUCUGCAUUUGUGAAUACCCAAAUGCCAUAGGGACAAUGAAGGCAAUGGAAGAUCACCAUUUAGCAAAGUUUAAUAAAGAUGACAAGAAGUUACAGUUAGCAAGGUUUUACUAUACCAUGAACUCUGUGAUAAACCACUUUGACAUAAGUAGAAAUAAAGCAAAAGUUAUUCUUUUCAAUGAUGAAACUGAGAAAGUGUCUGCAGCUUUAGUGAAAGCAAUAAAAGAAGAUUUACAAUUAACUGAAAAUAUUACGCCAAAGGAGGGCCCUAUCAAGCCUAAGUUGGAAGACUUAGAGCCUACACCAGAAAUUGAAUACCAAUAUCAGGUAUAUAUAGCUCAUUCUGAAGACAGGGAAGACAGACAGUGUGCUAAAGAAAUUAUUGAAUACCUGGAACUGAGGGGGAUACACAGUAUUCUGAAAAAUCCUGAAAGCCCAAAAGACCCAGAGGUGAAGUCUAAUAUGCUAAUUAAAGCUGUGCAGAAUUGUAGGUGGUUUAUUUUUCUGAUGACGCAGAAUUCAGUAAAGGACAAAAUGCUUCAGCUGAGGGUACUAGCUGCGCUCCAUGAUGGUAUCCUCAAAAGAAGGGUAAGGGUAAUCCCUGUGGUAGAUAGACGUAAUGACAUCUACAUACCUGAUGCUCUACAGUGGGUUACUUAUGUACCUUAUAAUGGACAAACAAAGUCUCAUCUUAAAAGUCUUCACAAUAUUGUCAGUGGAGAAGACUUUCUUUUGAAAACAGAAAUGUUACUACCUGCUGGAGAUGUAGCCAAUGGACUUGCCUGGGGUUAUGUUGUAAAUUAUCUUAGAGUCAUCUUACCAGAUGCUUUAAAAGACAUUGAACAGUCGUUUAAGAAUAAGAAUAUCAGCGAUUAUAAAUGUCCUGAAACUCUGUUUAUAAUAAUACCAAAGAAUUGUGAUGCCAGAGGAGUGAUGAAAGACAAAAAUGACAGAAUUACUAACUUUACAAGUACUCCUGAUAUUUUUCCUUUUGGUGGAAGCAGACCGUUUUCUUGUCAAAUAUAUAAAAUCACUGAUCAGCCAGAUAAAUAUUUUAUUGGACAAUAUGCCGCCCCUAUAACAUGCUUAGAUGAGAUGAAAGAAUGGAGGAUUGCUGGGGUAACUGCAGACACUAUUUUAUCAGAAGCAUACAAUUUUUAUGAGAUGGCGAAAAAUCUUAUGGAGUCAGCUGAUCCUCAAAAAGCCAAGUAUUGUAAAUUUGUUUAUUUUAAUGAUGAGACAGAGUCAUUGGCUGAUAUAAUAGAAGCAAAGAUUUGUUAGAUUACAACUUUGAAAAAAGUGGCUUAACUUAAUUACCAUACUGGAAAUUUAUGUGCAGACAAUUUCAAGAUGUAAUCAUAAAGCAUUGCUGUUUUAUCUGUGUCAUGCAUAUAAUGCAUAAUCUGUGUCAUGGAUAUAAUGCAUAAUGACAUUUUAUUCUAUUUAUAUAACGAAAUAGCACAUUGUAAUAUCAUGUGUUAACCUCCAUAGCCAAGUCAACACACGGGAAAUACUUCUCUUCAUUUGACUUCAUCACCAGUAAUAUUGUCUAUACUCAUCACAUUUUUGUAAAAGCUGCUUGUCUUCAUACAGUUAGUUCAAUUAAUAUACACUUUUCCACAGUCUUUCUUUUUAUCAAAUCAAGUUUGCUUUUUUAAUUUCCUUUUGUCAAACAGAGCUAGGGGUUUAUAUGAUUAACAUUAAAUAUAUCUGCUAUUGGUCUUUUCACAGUAAAUGGAAUUUAAUGAAGGUUUUCUUUCCAUAUCAGAGCUGAAAAUUUGAGUUGAUGAAUGCAGAUUUCUAUCAAUUACUUUACAUCAAAACAACUGCAAUUGUCUUUCUUUAAGAAUUUGAUGUAGUGAAAAACAGGAUUUGUGUAUUAUGUUCAAAUUAACGUUUACAUUGUUAUCCACAUCAACUCUUUUCAUUCUUGAAAUAACACAUUUUGACUUUAUAUAUUAUUUAUUUAAGUAAAAUUUAUACACCUCGUUCUCCAUUCAUUGAUCAUUUAUAUCCGGGUUCUUCUUUAGUGACACAAGUGAUUUUGUUUGUUGAUCAAAACGAAAGCCUUUGUAAUCUACUAUUUUUCUGUCUACCUCAAUGGAGUUUUAUUUUACCUAACUCUCCCUCGCAAGCCAGUGAAGGUCAUUAGGAGGCUUUUUUUUAUCAUUUUAUCAUGUGGUUUCUCUAAAUGUAACAGAUGUUUACAUGUGUUUGGACUAAAGCUUUGUAUUUGUUUUUUUUUUCAUAGCUCUUACAAUUGUUCAAAAUUAAGCAAAUAUUACAUUAUAUUUUUACAAGUUGAUAUGUAUACAUAAGUUUAUAUAACUGGUCACAAUCUUGCUUAUAAGACUCAUGUAUUUAUCCCAUAAAUUUAUAUAACUAGUCACAAUCUUGCUUAUAAGACUCAUGUAUCUAUCCCAUAAAUUAUAUAACUAGUCUCAAUCUUGCUUAUAAGACUCGUGUAUCUAUCCCAUAAAUUUAUAUAACUAGUCUCAAUCUUGUUUAUAAGACUCAUGUAUCUAUCCCAUACAUUUAUAUAACUAGUCACAAUCUUGCUUUUAAGACUCAUGUAUCUAUCCCAUACAUUUAUAUAACUAGUCACAAUCUUGCUUAUAAGACUCAUGUAUUUAUCCCAUAAAUUAUAAAACUAGUCCCAAUCUUGCUUAUAAGACUAAUGUAUCUAUCCCAUACAUUUAUAUAACUAGUCACAAUCUUGCUUAUAAGACUCGUGUAUCUAUCCCAUACAUUUAAGUAACUAGUCACAAUAUUGCUUAUAAGACUCAUUUAUUUAUACCAUAAAUUUAUAUAACUAGUCACAAUCUUGCUUAUAAGACUCGUGUAUCUAUCCCAUCAAUUUAUAUAACUAGUCACAAUCUUGCUUAUAAGACUCAUGUAUCUAUCCCAUCAAUGUAUAUAACUAGUCACAAUCUUGCUUAUAAGACUUAUGUAUCUAUUCCAUACAUUUAUAUACCUAGCCUCAAUCUUGCUUAUAAGACUUAUGUAUCUUUCCCAUACAUUUAUAUAACUAGUCACAAUCUUACUUAUAAGAUUCAUUUGGCCCAGUAGUCGACACUUCUGUGUUGACAUGGAUUAUCAUUAAUAUGGUCAUAAUGAUAAAUAAAUAGUUACUAGUAAUGAAAUUAGAUCUUUUCGAAAUACUAAGGAUUGUUUACCCCAAGAAUAGAUUACCUUAGCUGUAUUUGGCAAAACCGUUUGAAAUUUUGGGUCUUCAUUGCUCUUCAACUUUGUACUUUAUUUGGACUUUUAAAUUUUUUGAUUCGAGUGUCACUGAUGAGUCUUUUGUAGACGAAACACCCGUCUGGCGUACAAAAUUUUAAUCUUGGUAUCUAUGAUGAGUUUAUUUAUCUAUUCCUUUAUUUUAUACAACUGGCCACAAUCUUGUUCAUAAGAAUCAUAUUACUUGAAUAUUCAUGAAAAAUAUUGCGCUCUAAGAUGGUUUAUGAUGACUAUCUCUUUUAGGUACAGUGUAUUUUUUACGUUUAUAAAUGCUAAUUAAAUACCAAUCUGCCUAAGAAUCAGACAGUGGUGAAAACAUGACAAACAAAUACUCAAGUUUACGUUAAUAUAAGUUCAAAAUGUAUAAUGGUGCAUGAAUAUAACAUUCGUUUCCUUUUCCUGUUCUUGUAUUUCAAGAUAUAAUUUGGUUGAAAUGCACUAAAAAUUAACAAUUAAGGGGAGCUUAAUCCAUAAUUUGCUAUCAUUCUAACCAAAAGUUAUCUAGAUAUUUCUUGAACUAUCAGACACGCAGAAACGAAAGACUUACCAUUCCUAACUCAGGAGGAGGAUGACUUCAUAAUAGGAUGGUUAGGUCAGCUAGUUUUCUUAACCAUAUUUUUUUUAUUCUUCUAAAGUGCCUGCAUGAUUCUUACAAAGACUGGCACUUAAUGUUCAGAUCACAUGACUUGUAAUCUUUGAGAUAACCAAAAUCCAAUUAGUCAAAACACAGUUAUGAAAUGUAAUAAUUUCUCAUUAUUUUUUUUAUUUUGAUUUAUAACUUAAUAAAAUUUUUAUUUUAUUUUUUGUUUAUGUAUUAGUGUCAAAACAGAGUUUUUAAUGAUUUAUAUUUUUACUUUUAAUUGUUGAUAUAUUUACUUAUUUAAUUAUUUUUACAGUUAAUUAUAUGUAUUUGAAUAUCUUUAUGUACGUAAUAACCUUUCUAUAAAAAUAUAAAACAAAAACAAACCAAGAACAGUUUUUGGAAAUAUAUCUUUCAAAAGAAAGGUUAACUUAUUAAAUGUUUAGCAUAUUUGCCUAAAAAAGUUAAAGUUAGCUAUUGUCAAUUUGAAGGUAUAUGUCAAUUUGUCAAUUAAAUAAAAUAUUUUAACUGUUA